CUUUCAUUCAUUAAAUUUAACUGUCUAAAUAUAUCAGUUAUCAAAGAAAAGCGCAGUCCCAUUGUUCUUCUUCUUCUUCCAGGACUUGUACCGGCUUUUAUAGAUGAAUAUGGAAAAUGAAGGUGCUUUUUUAUAGUAAAUUUCCCCACAGUUUCUUCCUCACUCUUUUACAUUGAAAUUAUGUUCUUUCACUUGCUUGGAGACAUCCUCUGCUAAAAAAAGGAGCAAAAGCUGGAGUUUUUGAGCUCUGUUUUAAUGGUGUUUUUGAGAUACUAAUAGGAACAAAGACAAGUAGCCAACAGGCAAAAAAAUCCAUAACCAUGUGCUCCAUUCUAAAUGCAAUGAGUCAACUCAAUCUCCACCAUGACAACUCUCAAUCCAUAUCUUUUUCGAGCAAGGACGAAGAUCUAGUUGAAUGGUGUGAUGCUCUUAAUUUCUUUGCACGUUUAGCAGCAUAUAUUGCAAUUUUAGCUGUGAUGGUGUUGGUAGUUUUGAUGAUACUUAAGUACAUAACUGAGCUCGAUAAUGAAAGUGGUAAUUUAGAGGUUAUUAGAUCGGUGACUGUCUCUGAAACGGAUCGUUUAUGGCCCGAAAAGACAGAAUCGAUAACGUACGGUACGUGCGAAGACGACAUAGAAACAGGAAGUUGUAGUAGUGGUGAGGAUUUAUAUGAUGCAAGGAUUUGUGUGAUUUGCUAUGAUGAACAAAGGAAUUGUUUCUUUGUUCCAUGUGGACAUUGUGCUACAUGCUAUGAAUGUGCUCUAAGGAUUUAUGAUGAGGAAAAUAAGGUGUGCCCAGUAUGCAGAAGGAUUAUUGGCAAAGUUAGAAAACUUUUUGCUCCAUAAUCCCAUUAAUUAUUGCCUUUUUUUUUUCAUUUUAAAAUUUUCCAUGUUGAAGAAAUUUAUUUUCAGCAAGAAUUUUUUUUUUAUUAAGUGAUUUUUGACUGCAUCCAUGGCAAAGUAAAUUUAUAAAAAAUGAAGUUCAAAA